UCGCUUCCUGAAUCGAACCAGGCACACCUCGAGGGGGGCUCCAACCUUCGGUGGGGAUGUGGGAUCAUCCUAUCACCGCUGUCCGGUACCUGACUGGCAGUGACUGCAUCCACGCGCGCGCACUCGGCCGCGUGCCUGAUGACAGGUCCCCGUUUCCGGUGUUCCUAUCCAUCCUCCUGGAGUCCAACUUUGUCUUUCUCUCUGGACAUACACAUCACUCUCUUUCAUCUCUACCUAUUACUGUCCUGUCCACUUUUUUGCGAUCUUUCUGUCAUUUACCGUUCGCGUCAAUACAUACCCUACGCGGGCAUAUAUACACUCAUUUUAGAUAUACCCAUUCGACGCAAUUCAUACCGCGGUAUCCCUUCAAUCGAGCCCGACGAAACCUCAUAUCCUUGAAUCAACUCGAACGGUACGCCCCGCGUGUAUGGUCUGCGAUUCGGUUAUCACCACUCUUCCGGUCGCUCGUGGAAUCAUUUCUGGACUCCCCACGGUUUCGAGAUGCCUUUCGGGCACCGAAUCCAAUCAUGUCUUUUAUCUCUCCUCGCACUAUCGCCGCUAUGCGCGGCAUACGAUACCCAUGUACACGAUCAUGACGAAGGAUUGCACACAUUUAUAACGCGUCCUGAAAUCAAAGCACCGAAAUUCACAGUCAACAUCACCGACCCAGCACACGUCACGCCCGGAUACUGGUUCGUGGCGCCCUUUGAAGUAAUCGACCAGAAAUUCGCAGGAAACGGCUGGAUCGCUCCAACGAUAUACGAUGGCAAUGGAGAGCUGAUAUGGAGCGGGGUGGAGCACUCGCAGAAUUGGGACACGCUGGACUUCAAGAUGAGCAAUGUGCGAGGAGAGGCGAUGAUGACCUUUAUGGUGCAGAAGAUGGGCGAGGCAUUUGUGCUGGACAACACCUACACGGUGCGGGAGAAGAAGAAGAUCGGCACGCUGGGCAAGGACUUUAAUUCGCAUGAGCUGUCGUUUAUUGCGAAUGGGACGAGGGCGCUGGUGUUGACGGAGGGGAGGAGGGCCGCGAAUGAGCUGCAGACCAAGACGGUCGGCUGGCACGAGUCCUGUACUGUCAUGUUUGACGGAUUUCGAGAAUUGGAUACGGAGACGUGGAAUCCAGUGUUUUCGUGGAACUCGUACGACCAUCUCAGUCUGAACGAGAGCAGUUUCCUCGACGGAGGCGUGGAGAAGGCGUGCAAGGACUCUUGGGCGUGGGAUUUUCUGCACGCCAAUGCAGUGGACAAGGACCAGAACGGCAACUAUUACUUGUCAGCGAGGCAUACCGACACGAUUUACAAAAUCUCCAAGGACGACGGGCAUGUCAUGUGGAGACUGAACGGAGGCCGACCGUCCAGCAGUGACUUUGCCAUGAACGACGUCAGCUUCUCCCGCCAGCACAACGUCCGUUUCCGCGGCUUCGACGGGACAUACGAGUUCAUCACCAUCUUGGAUAACGCCAAGGGCCAGGACGAGCAGAAAUCCACCCACGAAAACUCCCGCGGCAUGAUGAUUGCGCUGAACACGAAGGACAUGUCCGCGGUGAUGGUCUCCUCCAUCGAGCAUCCAGGCGGACACGGGUCGUAUGCCCCUCGUCGCGGCAAUUACCAACAACUCCCCAAUGGAAAUAUCUUCAUGGGCUGGUCCGAGCAGGCCAUCCACAGCGAGCACCUUUCCACCGGCGAAAUGGUGAUGGAAGCCGCGCUGGUCCCCGAAUGGCUCGGCACCUACCGCGCGUACAAAUAUGACUUUGAAGGCCGACCCGUCGAGAAGCCUCGCGCGCACUCCGCCGCGUAUCCCAGCACUUCUCGCAAUUCGACCACCACCCUCGUGCACGUCAGCUGGAAUGGCGCAACCGAGAUUGCCAAGUGGGCGCUGUACAAAACCACCGACACGGGAUUCCCCAAGAUUCCCAUCUUCCAGACCAACAAGACCAGUUUCGAGACCGCAAUGGCGUGGGAUGGGUAUGCCAGUUACAUCAUCGCUGAUGCGCUGGACAAACACGGCUCCGUCCUCGGAUCGACCGGCGUCAUCAAGACGGUGGAUCCCACCGCAUCUCAGCUGACCGGCGCCGUGGCGGAAGAAGUCUACUGGCUGCAAGAAGUGCGGCAACAAAACGGCGACUGGAAAGCGGACGUGUACGAAUACGCCAUCGCGCGACCGGGGCGGUAUUCCGUGAUGAUUUUCUUCCUGGGCGUGGUGAGCAGCGUGGUGUUCUUCACGCUGGUGCGGAGACUCCGGCAUCGGAGUCUGUUCCCGCUGGGCAAGUUUGGAGGAGGAUCGCCGCUGUUGAUGUCGGAGGGUUAUACGCCUGUGUUGCGGGAGGAGAUGAUGGAGGCGGAUGAGGAGCGGUUGUCGGCGAGGAGCUCGGAUCGGUUGUUAUGACGAGUCGGGAGGGGGGUGUGGUGGUGGUG